UGGAUCAUCAUUCUCAUUCAUAAAGGUUCUGUGAUGAUCAUAGUAUAUAUUUGGGCCAUCUGAGCUCAUGACUGAUCAUCAGAAUACCAAAAUGCAGGUAUAUACAAUAGUUUGGAAGAAUUGAAAGUUACAAGCUAAUCGAGUAGCGUUUUCAAAUAUUCUUGGAUUCAAGCACCUAUCAAUUAAAUUCAUUCUGGGCUGUAUGGUUAGGCAUUUUGGCCGAAAUCCAAUCAGCAGAUUGCUUGGAUGAUGGAGUACCCAAGGCUUAUGGGUUUACUUAAUAGUUUGGCGAUGGGAUUCCAAAGACCAUCUUCCUAUAAACAAAAACAGCAGUCUGUUCCGAAAACAACAAAAGACGUCGAAGACAAAGGAGACAGCUUCAAAAACACGAGAAUACCAUACCUAAGUCCUACCACAAAUGAACCUAUAGCUUUUGAUUCAUAUUAUAAUUCCUGGGUGGCAGAACACCCAUCUGCUCUAGGCUCAUUUGAUCGUAUGAUGAAAGCCGCAAAAGGGAAGACGAUUGCCGUGUUUUUAGACUACGACGGGACACUCUCACCUAUUGUAGAUGACCCUGAUCGUGCCUUCAUGUCUGAUGAGAUGCGCGGAGCAGUACGUGAAGUUGCAAAACUUUUUCCAACAGCCAUAAUUAGUGGAAGGAGCAGAGACAAGGUAAAAGACUUUGUAAAGUUGAGUAAUGUAUAUUAUGCUGGGAGCCAUGGGAUGGACAUAAUGGCCCCAGCAAGGCCACGGAAGUACAAUGAUGGCAAACACCAAACCGUAGUGCUUGAUAAGAAGGAGAGUGAAGUUCGCUUUCAACCUGCUAAGAAAUUCUUGCCUGCAAUUCAAGAGAUAUUCACAAUCUUAGAGGAGAAAACACAGAAAAUUCAAGGCGCUAGGGUAGAGGAUAAUAGUUUCUGCAUCUCUGUACAUUUUCGACAGGUCCGGAAAGAGGAUUAUGGCAUGUUGGAAGAGAAGGUUAAGUCUGUAGUUGAAAACUAUCCAGAAUUUCACCUGACUGAGGGAAAAAUGGUUUUGGAAGUACGACCAUCAAUAGAAUGGAACAAAGGUCAUGCCUUGGAGUAUUUACUUGACACUCUAGGGUUUAGCAACUCUGCAGGUGAUGUCCUCCCAUUGUACAUUGGAGAUGAUCGAACUGAUGAAGAUGCUUUCAAGGUCAUUCGAAGUAGAGGACAAGGGUAUCCAAUCAUUGUAUCUUCCAUGCCGAAGGAUACAAGCGCUUCAUACUCUUUGCGUGACACCUUGGAAGUAUUAACUUUUCUGCUACGAUUAGGGAAAUCGAGGAAAUCAUCUUCUUCAAGCAAGUCACUUGCUCGAUUUGGGUUUAUAGCAUAUUCAACAAAUUAUGUAAAAUGUCUAUAUUAGCUAAAUUUAGCUAAUAUAUAUUGCUCAUUUUUCACCUCCAACAUAUUAGUUAGAGGCUAGCUAAAAUACAUUUGAUGCUACAGAUUGAGGGAGUUUAAGGGUAAAAUUAAGAAGCUCUUAUCUUAUUUGGGAUGAUCGCCCUCCUUUAUAUUAGAUUCAUUGUUUAAUUGCCUGAUAGGUCUAUGAUUGUGGAAUAGUAAUAUAUAUGCAUGUAGGCAGGAGGCUGUGUUUGGA